GCCCUGGCUUGCACCGUACCGCCAAGUUUACAGCACAGUACUUGCUAUCUCCCGCUCCCUACCCAUCUCUUACUCGCUGAACGCGACCUCAGCGACGUGAAUGGUCACAGAUGAACGAAGAAGCUGACGAAGAACUGGAACAGAUUAGACGAUAUGAAGACUUCACUACGAUAGACUGGAUUCAGGACGCUAUCUUGGAACGGAACAGGCGCAUCCGGAACGCGCGAAAUGAAUACAUUGCACUACGUGGACGGCAUGUCACCUUUUCGUGGUUAUGGGCGCAAAUUAAAAGGGCAGCGAUGACAGGGCAGAGCUGGUUUGUUGUCAGUCUCGUUGGAGUUUGCAUUGGCUUGAAUGCUGCUAUUAUUUCCAUCGUCACUGAAUGGCUAUCUGACAUAAAGAUGGGAUAUUGUUCUGAUGGAUGGUGGUUAAAUCAACAGUUUUGCUGUUGGGAAAUCGAGGGGGAGGAGACGGACGCCUGUGAUUCGUGGCACCCUUGGAGUACAGUCACUCCGGCGCGGUAUUUCAUCUAUGUCUUGUUUGCAGCCGCGUUCUCAUUCACGGCUGCCCACCUCGUCCGUUCUCUGGCCAAGUAUGCGGCGGGAUCUGGCAUUUCGGAAAUUAAAUGCAUUCUAGCCGGAUUUAUUAUGCAAGGCUUUCUCGGUUUCGCGACGUUUUUCAUUAAGAGCAUAACUCUGCCUCUAGUAAUUGCGUCGGGGUUGUCUGUCGGUAAAGAGGGGCCAUCUGUACAUGUGGCUUGCUGUGUAGGCUAUCUGGUCGCGGGACUAUUCCAGCGGUUUUCUCGUAGCGAAGGGAAAAUGCGUGAAAUUAUAACCGCAGCCAGUGCGGCCGGUGUAGCGGUGGCUUUUGGUUCACCCAUUGGCGGUGUGCUAUUUUCCAUUGAGGAAAUGAGCCAUGCUUUCAGUAUCCGGACUAUGUGGCGUAGUUUUUUCUGCGCAUUAAUGGCCACCGUCACUUUGUCGGCCAUGAACCCUUUCCGCACAGGUAAACUGGUACUGUUCCAGGUCACAUAUGAUCGCGAUUGGCAUUUCUUUGAAAUUAUAUUUUUCGUUGUGCUUGGAAUAUUUGGUGGCUUGUAUGGGGCCUUUGUUGUCAAGUUCAAUCUUCAGGCGGCCGCCUUUCGCCGAAAGUUUCUGGCUAAGCAUGGUGUGGCAGAGGCCGUCACUCUAGCGACCUUGACUGCUAUCAUAGGGUACCCCAACCGCUUCCUGCGUAUAGAUAUGACUGAAAGCAUGGCAAUUCUAUUCCGGGAAUGCGAAGGAGAUGUUGAUAACAUCUGCCAAACGGCCACUCAGUGGCGAAUAGCAAACUCGCUCAUACUAGCAACUUUGAUACGGACAGCCUUGGUCGUGAUCUCAUAUGGUUGUAAAGUCCCUGCUGGUAUAUUCGUACCCUCAAUGGCGAUCGGCGCUACGUUUGGAAGGAUGGUGGGCAUCAUCGUUCGGGCCAUGUAUCGAGCCUAUCCUCAGUCAGGCAUCUUCGCUUGGUGCGACCCUAACAUACCCUGCAUCACCCCCGGGACAUACGCAUUUCUAGGUGCGGCUGCGGCUCUCAGCGGUGUCAUGAGAAUAACGGUCACUGUCGUUGUAAUCAUGUUCGAACUGACGGGAGCCUUGACAUACAUAUUACCAACGAUGAUCGUUCUUUUAGUGACCAAAGCCGUCGGUGACCUCCUGGGCACUAACGGAAUCGCUGACGAAAUGAUCAGGUUUAACGGUUUCCCUUUCCUAGAAAAAGAAGACCACGCGUACAAUGUUUCUGUAUCUGCCGUGAUGCGAAAUGAAUUGCAUGUCUUGACCGAGACCGGUAUGCAGGUUAAGGACGUCGAGGCGAUUCUCGCCGCCACGAAUGUGAAAGGGUUUCCCAUAGUAUCUGCCGAUGGUUUUCGGACUCUGAUAGGUUACAUCGGACGCGCCGAACUACAAUUCAUCCUUGAUCGUUUCAGGAAGAUCCGGGAUGUUGACUCGGACACCCCAUGCUCUUUUAUUUCCGACGAUCGUGAUAGAGAACGUCUGAAUAUGCCCGCUGGAUCCGUGGGUAUUGAGGAGGACUUUUCGGAAACAAUACUACAGACAGCGUCAACCAAUGAAGGCCUGAAGUUCUGGCCCUGGGUUAACCAAACGCCGAUGACGGUAUCACGGCAACUCCCCUUAGAGAUUGUGAUGCAGCUUUUCAAAAAAAUGGGGCCUCGAGUUAUUUUAGUCGAGGAUCAUGGCAUGCUCACAGGGCUAGUAACCGUGAAAGACGUUCUUCGAUUUAUUGCAACUGAAAAACCCGACCAUGAACUAUCUUUCGACGAACGUGGGGGCCUAGACGGACUACUAGAGGAGCUAUGGACGUGGUCUUCUGAUAUCAUUCGACGAAUCGUAUCGUGGAGUCCUAAUCUUUUUCGUCGGUGAAUAUCUGUAUUCAAUUUUUUAAUUAUUAUAAUUUGGCAAAACCCCGAUUGCUGUGAUG